UACAUUCUAUGAUAUUUACAUCAAAUAUCGAAAAUUUGAUUUUCAAAAUUCGUGAAUAUUGUUGAAUACAUCGUAGAUUACUCAUAGAGGUAACCUGUAAAUGAAGGUGCAACUAUCAAUCGUUUAGGAAUAGUUUACAACCUAUGUUACAUUCUCGUCUAGAAAAUUGUUGUACAAAUUGUUUUAUUUUGCAAAUGUGCUCAAACAAUGAAACUAUCCAAUAUUAAACGCUCAAAACUAGAAUUCAAAUCAAUCACUAAAUUGUAGAAUAAGGAUCAAUCACAUGUCCAUCAAUUCGAUAAAAGUGUUGCAAAACUAGCUAUCAAUAGAGUUCAUAGAAUAUAGAGACUUACCAAUGCACUGCCACUGAAUAUAGUUCAUAUCAUUUGAAUUACGGUACAGAACCAACAAUGGCUUUUUACAUAUGAUGACAAUAUGAUGAAAUGUCCGCAGUAACACUUCACUAUUGAAAAAGAUGUCAAUUCUCAGUAGCGGACCGAUUGCUUUCGGAAAUUCGGAGUUGACUUUCUUCAUGGUUGUCCAUCCAAUUCGACGGUCCAUGGUGCGAUUCGAAAUCAACUCCUUCAUUUGCAUACUGGCUGUACGAAUUCGAUUGCCCUCCGAUAAAUCCCAAAUAUCCAUUUUUUACGUUAUUUUAUAUCUAAUGGUUCGGCCUGUUCUGGUUCGAUAGUCCCUUACAGCUUAAUCUACGGAGCCGAAAUUUACUUCGAACAGGUUCGAAAGUAGAGAACAUGUCACAGACUUUCGCGGUCUGUUUUAUGUGUCAAGUCGAUCGUAAUUGUGCCGGUAUUAAUAAUUUAAUGCGUUAAAGAUGUUGUUGUACUUAUGGACAAUGUUUGAUUUUCACAUUUGGCGCUGCAAGAAUAAGAUUAACGUCUGACAUAUGAUCCUCCUCGUCAAAAAUGUUGACAUUGCCGGACGAUGCUCGUUUUAUUUUGUAGAAAUAUUUGUGAUUCAAAAUGUGACGUGGCACCCCGCCGAAAUAUAAAAGUAUCGAUUUGCAUGAAAUAUGGUCGACUGUAUACUAAAGAUCGAUAGGGAAACAAUGUCUCCAGAGAAGAAAUAAGUUAAGCUCUCUUUCGUCCAGGACCGCCGACCCGUCAACACCUAAUCGUCUGACAUAAGUAUAUACUGUAUUAAAAUAUAAUUGACGAGAACUAAAUCAACUGAAGAUUGAGUGUAGACAACAACGAUCCGAAAUGGAACGUUUGCAAAGAGAGAAUGAGCGUAUGGCGAAUGAGAGAAGGAUGGACAAUAAUCGAGUGGAGGAUAGUCCGGCAGUAGUGAACGGAUUGGUACGGAGAUUGGAGAAUUUAAAUAACGAGGUAACCUUACCAAAAUUUAAAGAUGAUUCACACAUGCAUCCCAAUAAAUAUCUUGAAAAAAUCGAAAAAUAUUUUAACAUAAAAAAUACAUCUCAGGCAAAUAAACUAGACGUAGUUGAACGAUCCUUGGAAGGUAGAGCGCAAAUUUGGUAUGAGGCGAAUAAUUUCGAAAAUUAUCUAGUAUUUAAAACAGCAUUUCUCAACGAAUUCCAUUCAAUUCCUAAUCAAGUUAAAAUUAAAAGUAAAUGGUUAACGCGUCGAUACGAAUCACAAAACGGAUCAUUGCAAACUUAUUUUUAUGAUCAAAUCAGUGAAGCGCAAUAUUUUCAGCCAAAAUAUACAGAUUAUGAACUUCAUUAUCACAUAAUUCAACAAUUACCAAUUAAAUAUCGUCAAAAUUUAGUAUCCAUAGAUUACUCUAAUGCGAAAAACGUAGCUCAGGUUCUGGCCCAUAUGGAUUUAAAUAACGAAGCACGAGAGAAUGAAAAGAAACGUUGUCCAGAAGUAGAUAAACAUAGUACUGGUAAUAAAUAUUAUAAUAAUAGAUCAAUCAGUUUAGAAAAUAGGCAGCGAAACGAGUCACGGAAUUGGAGGUCAAAUUCAAACGUAGCGUCAUAUAAUCAUCAUUCUUAUCGAAGAUAUCCACAACAAUCUUAUGAUCACGUCGGUAACAAUUCCAAUAGGCAAAUUUCUGGUAUGCAUGGUAUGAUUGUAGCCAAUAAUCAAUAUCAGCACAGAAAUACUAAUCAAUCAUUGAAUGGGGGAUGGCAAUUGCCGAAUUUUAACAUUCCUCCGCCAACUCAGGUGUCGGCAAAUCAACCUUUAAACGACAAUGCGGCGCAAUGAUAACAGAUCCGCAUAUGCGCUGCAAUCCAUACAAUUUUGUUGAGGAUCUGAUCGAUCAAGUUGAUAGUGAUAUGAACAAAGCCGAUGAUACACUAGCAACAAAAUUUCUCAAAUGUCCUAGAAUUAUAGUUUUCACUCAUUCAACUCCAAUUUCUGCGCUUUUAGACACGGGCAGCCAAGUGACAUGUAUUUCCGAAAGCUUUUAUUCAUAUUUAUCGAAACAUUAUAGUUUAUACGAAUUACCGGUUACCAAUAUUGUUAUUUUACCAGCUAUAGGACGUAGCCAAACCAUCAUUAAAAAACAAAUUCUUUUAGAAUUACAAAUCGGAGAUUACCAUAUAACUUCACCGUUUCUAAUAGUUCCCCGGUUAAUGUCAGACAUGAUCCUAGGAAAUGAUUGGU